CCCGGGGUGUCGCUCACGUUGAUCGGCCCCUCCCCGCAGAGCAACCCCGGCAGGCUCCCAACCCUUUCCCUGCACGCACGCUACCAAGUAAAAGAACACAAGAUACCAUCGCCCAAGGAGAGAGAGCAAACUUCCACUGAAAGGUGAGCAAACUGGUUCAAGGGCUGACAGUGAAGAGGGAGACCUCCAGGAGCCCAGGUCGCUGUCCUGAGAUCCAGGAGCCAUGGAGCCCAGCCUCGGUGACCCACAGCUCGUGCCCCGGGCAAUGAAGGAAGCUGCGGCCCCGGACGCCUCCUGCGGCCGAGCGGCCCUCCCGGCCCUGGCGGCUGCCAGCUUCGCCGUGGUCACCGUGGGAGUCCUCGUGGCCUCCCUCUCUACACAGGGCGUCGACGUGGAGCACAAGGCCGAGCUUCAAGGCAUCCGGUUUGCCCGUGGCCUGCAGCGGGAGACCUCGCAUCUGUACCGCACCCUGACGCCCGCUCUGGAGACGCUGUUUGUGAGCAGCUUUCAGAAGACAGAGUUGGAGGCCAGCUGUGUGGGCUGCACGGUGCUGAGUUACAGGGACAGGAACAGCAGCGUCCUGGUGCACUUCCGGCUGCACUUUCUGCUGCGGGGAUUCCGGUCGCUGAGCCUGGGCCUAGAGCAGGAGCUGCUGCAGCGGGGCCUCCGAGCCAGGCUGCAGGGGCACGGCCUCCCCAUGGCAGCCUACGGCACCAUCGUGGCCGCCGAGCUCACAGGAAGCCAGAAAGGGCCGUUGGCAGAAAGAGGCUUAAAAUCAGGUCUCUGUCCAGGGAAUGGCUUUUCCUGCCGGGACGGCCAGUGCGUCACCAAAGCGAACCCAGAGUGUGAUGACAGCGUGGACUGCUCCGACGGGUCCGACGAGGCCCUCUGCGACUGUGGCUUGCAGCCCGGCUGGAGGACGGCGGGCCGGAUCGUGGGCGGCAUGGACGCGGCCCCAGGGGAGUUCCCGUGGCAAGUCAGCCUCCGAGAGAACGACGAGCACUUCUGUGGGGCCGCCAUCAUCAGGGCCGGGUGGCUGGUGUCCGCUGCGCACUGUUUCAACCAGUUCCAAGACCCCACCGAGUGGGUGGCCUACGCCGGCACAAACCUCCUCAGUGGCUCGGAGGCCAGCACCGUGCGGGCCCGCGUGGCCCGGGUCAUCGCGCACCCCUUCUACAACCCCGACACGGCCGACUUCGACGUGGCAGUGGUCCAGCUGGGCAGCCCCCUGCCCUUCGGCAGGAGCGUCCAGCCUGUGUGCCUCCCUGCCGCCGCGCACGUCUUCCCGCCCCGGAGGAGGUGCCUGAUCUCAGGCUGGGGCCACCUCAAGGAGGACUUCCUGGUCAAGCCAGAGGUGCUUCAGAAAGCCACAGUGGAGCUGCUAGACCAGGCCUUGUGCACCAGCCUGUACGGCCCCUCGCUCACCGACAGGAUGGUGUGUGCUGGCUACCUGGACGGGAAGGUGGAUUCCUGCCAGGGCGACUCAGGGGGCCCCCUGGUCUGCAAGGAGCCCUCCGGCAGGUUCUUUCUGGCCGGUAUCGUGAGCUGGGGAAUUGGUUGUGCAGAAGCCCGGCGUCCGGGGGUCUAUGCCCGGGUGACCAAGCUGCACGACUGGAUCCUGGAGACGAUCAACGUGGCCAGCAAGCCUCUGGCCCCCACCGUGGCUCCUGCCCCCACCACCCCCAGCACGGCCUGGCCCACCAGCCCCGAGAGCCGGGAGGUCAACACCCCCACCAAACCCACACUGGCCCCCAGCACUGCACCUGUGGAUUCAGUCACCGCCUCUAAGCCACAAGAGUGCGGGACCAGGCCAGCCAUGGAGAAGCCCACUCGCGUUGUGGGCGGGUUCGGGGCCGCCUCCGGGGAGGUGCCCUGGCAGGCCAGCCUGAAGGAGGGCUCCCAGCACUUCUGCGGGGCCACUGUGGUGGGGGACCGCUGGCUGCUGUCGGCCGCCCACUGCUUCAACCACACCAAGGUGGAGCUGGUGCGGGCCCAGAUGGGCACGGCGUCGCUCAUGGGCGCCGGCGGCAGCCCAGUGAAGGUGGGGCUCAAGCGGGCAGUGCUGCACCCCCAGUACAACCCCAGCACCCUGGACUUUGACGUGGCCAUGCUGGAGCUGGCCAGGCCCCUGGCUUUCAACAAGUACAUCCAGCCCGUCUGCCUGCCCCUGGCCAUCCAGAAGUUCCCCGUGGGCCGCAAGUGCAUCAUCUCCGGCUGGGGCAACAUGCAGGAGGGAAAUGCUACCAAGCCCGACAUCCUGCAGCGGGCCUGGGUGGGCAUCGUAGACCAGAAGGCGUGCAACACGCUCUACAACUUCUCCCUCACAGACAGGAUGGUCUGCGCUGGCUUCCUGGAGGGCGGGGUCGACUCCUGCCAGGGUGACUCCGGGGGCCCCCUGGCCUGCGAGGAGAGCCCCGGCGUGUUCUACCUGGCUGGGGUUGUGAGCUGGGGCGUCGGCUGUGCUCAGGCCUGGAAGCCUGGCGUCUACGCUCGGGUCACCAGGCUCAAGGGCUGGAUCCUGCACACCAUGGUCUCUCGCCCCCACCCCAUGCCCGCCCUCCCCACCACUGGGACGCCCACCCCCACCAGCCACGUCCCCAGGACCACAGCUGACCUCACAGCCCCAGGGGCCUCAGCCACCAGCCCACCUGCCAACAGGACAGCCACCACCCUGAGCACCACCACUAGGGGGCAGACACUCCCCCCAAAUGCCACAGAGACCACCAUGGGCUCCCAGCCAGCAGACUGCGGCCUGGCCCCUGUGGCUGCGCUGACCAGGAUCGUGGGUGGCAGUGCCGCGGGCCACGGGGAGUGGCCGUGGCAGGUGAGCUUGUGGCUGCGGCACCAGGAGCACCGGUGCGGGGCCGUGCUGGUGGCCGAGAGGUGGCUGCUGUCCGCAGCGCACUGCUUCGACGUCUAUGGGGACCCCAAGCAGUGGGCGGCCUUCCUGGGCACCCCCUUCCUGAGCGGUGCCGAUGGGCAGCUGGAGCGCGUGGCCCAUAUCUACAAGCACCCCUUCUACAACCUCUACACGCUGGACUAUGACGUCGCGCUGCUGGAGCUGGCGGGACCAGUGCACCGGAGCCGCCUGGUGCGGCCCAUCUGCCUGCCAGAGCUUGCGCCCCGGCCCCCGGAUGGCACGCGCUGUGUCAUCACCGGCUGGGGCUCGGUGCGCGAGGGAGGCUCCAUGGUGCGGCAGCUGCAGAAGGCGGCCGUGCGCCUGCUCAGCGAGCAGACAUGCCGCCGCUUCUACCCGGUGCAGAUCAGCAGCCGCAUGUUGUGCGCCGGUCUUCCACAGGGCGGCGUGGACAGCUGCUCGGGUGACGCUGGCGGACCCCUGGCCUGCAGGGAGCCCUCCGGCCGCUGGGUGCUAACUGGCGUCACCAGCUGGGGCUACGGCUGCGGACGACCCCACUUCCCGGGUGUCUAUACCCGGGUGGCUGCCGUGAGAGGCUGGAUCAGGCAGAACAUCCAGGAGUGA